GCGAGUAGAGUACAGCAGCCUGAAUUUUAACCUAAAAAAGUGAAGAAAUACGCCACAAACCUUCAUCAUAAGCGAUCAGAAUAACUUCUGUUGAGUGGAGGGAAGUGUGUCAGUUGUCAUGGGAACAGAAGAGGACAGUAAAUCUGAUUCUGCGGAGAGUUUUUAUCCGACUGAUGAGGAAAUAGAGAAAUGGAUGUCCAGGGCCUUUGACAUGGCCAGAGAGGCUCUGGAGAGCGGAGAGGUGCCGGUCGGAUGUCUGAUGGUUUACAACGAUGAAGUGGUGGGGAAGGGACGCAACGAGGUCAACGAGACCAAAAAUGCAACCCGUCAUGCUGAGCUGGUGGCUCUGGACCAGCUGCGGUCCUGGGUUCUCUGCAGCCGUCUGGAUGUGAGCAGCGUCUGCAGGAGGACGGUUCUCUACGUCACCGUGGAGCCGUGCAUCAUGUGUGCUGCAGCGCUGCGCCUGCUCAAUAUCCCCGUGGUGGUGUACGGCUGCAGUAAUGAACGGUUCGGAGGCUGUGGUUCAGUUCUGGAUGUUGCUUCUGCAGAAUUACCUCAGACUGGGAACACGUUCAAGUGUGUUUCAGGUCACAGAGCAGAAGAAGCUGUGGAGAUGCUGAAGACUUUCUACAAACAGGAGAAUCCAAACGCCCCAAAACCCAAAACAAGGAAGGACUGACGAGUUUCUGCACAAAUCAGCUGAAGAUUUUUUUUAUAUUGCUUGUAUUUACCUCUUUUUUAAUGUCUUAAUUUAUAAAAUAAACAUCAUUUUACAUAAUC